UUGCCUUCCGAACGAUAUAAACAGGUCAAUCUCACACAACUCCUUUCUCCGAGUUACUCUUUUCUUUCGCAGUUUCGGUUCCGCUGUCGGCCGCUGUAGAGGCACUUCCGCAUCGCACCUCGCCUGACAACAACCUGCAGCGGACGGCGCUGGCCGUGCCGGAUCCUGCUGCCAUGCCCGCCGGGUCGCAGCAGUCCCUGAGGUCUACCGGUAGCGGCAGCGGCCAGUCGACCCAGGAAGUGCGCACUGACAGACAGCCCGACGCAGGCGAUCAUGGCGAUGCCGAGAAGCUGUCGCCCUCUCAGCCCCCGCCGGACUCUGGUGACGGCGAGCUGUUCAAGCCGCGAAGCGUCCGCUUCUGGCUGACCCUGCUGUGUAAUUUUCUGGCCCUCUUCCUUGUCGCUCUGGACCGGACAAUCAUCGCCACCGCAGUUCCCCGAAUCUCGGACGAGUUUAACGCCCUGGGUGACAUCGGCUGGUAUGGUUCCUCAUACAUGCUCACUACGGCAUGCGCCCAGCUGCUCUUCGGCCGCCUCUACAAGUUUUAUGACAUGAAGUGGACCUUUCUCACGAGCAUCAUCGUCUUUGAGAUCGGAUCUGCCAUCUGCGGUGCGGCCGCGAACUCGACCACCUUCAUCGUCGGCCGUGCCAUUGCCGGUCUCGGCUCGGCCGGCAUCUUCGCGGGCUGCCUCCUCAUCAUGAUCCCCAUGGUCCCCUUGCACCGUCGUCCGGCGUUCCAAGGCAUGUUUGGCAUGGUAUUUGGUCUGGCUUCCGUCAUGGGACCCUUGAUAGGUGGAGGGUUCACUGGCGGCGUCACCUGGCGAUGGUGCUUCUACAUUAACCUGCCAAUCGGCGCUGUGACCCUGGUUUUUAUGGUUCUGUACUGGAAUCCCCCAAAGAGAAAACAUGAGCCGGCCAAGUUCACCACCCACGUCAAGCGGCUGGAUCCUCUGGGCAUGUUGUUCUUUCUGCCGGGCGUCGUCUGCCUCUUUAUCGCCUUCCAAUGGGGUGGCUCGACGUACGCGUGGAAUGAGUGGCGCAUCAUCGUGCUGCUUGUCGUCUUCGCAGCCUGCAUUGUAGCGUUCACUGCCGUUCAGAUCUUGAAGCCCGAGACAGCCUCAGUACCCCCAAAGGUGUUCAUGCAGCGAAGCGUUCUGUUCGGCAACGGAUUCACCUUUUUCCUGGCAGGGUCCAUGCUCAUGCUGGUCUAUUACAUGCCAGUCUGGUUCCAAACUGUCAAACAAGUCGACCCCCUGAAGUCAGGCAUCUACACGCUCCCUCUCGUGCUGAGCCUGGUUGUUUCUAGCAUCUUGUCUGGCGGCAUCACUCAGAGGAUUGGCUACUACGUCCCUUCGAUGCUGGUCUCCCCUUCGGUAAUGGCCAUCGGCGAGGGUCUCUUGACCCUGCUCAACCAGGACAGCCCAACAUCGCAUUGGGUUUGCUUCCAAUUUCUCUCUGGUUUUGGGCUGGGUUUCGGCAUGCAAACGUCAGGCCUUGCCGUUCAAACUGUCCUGCCGAAGGAGGAUGUCCCCGCUGGUAUUGCGAUCAACUUCUUCGUCCAGCAGCUCGGCGGCGCCGUAUUUACGUCGGUUGGGCAAGCUAUUCUCACCAACACGCUGGUUUCACAACUUUCCGGUCUCCCGGGCGUCGACCCACACCUUGUUGUCAAUGAAGGUGCCACCAAACUCGCACACCUGGUUCCUCCAGAAGAAGUCGGGCUGAUCAUCAAUGCCUAUAACGACGCUUGCCGCAACAUCUUCUUCGCCUCCAUGGGUCUGGCCUUUGCCUCACUAUCCUGCGCAUUCGGAAUGGAGUGGAAGAGCGUCAAGAGAAACAAACUCAAAGUGGACGCGUCGUCCUCGAGCUCCAAUAGCAACAACCUCGACAGCUCGACGGCCGGAGCUAAGCCGGGGAUGCCCUACUUUGAGGGCAUCAAGGAGAACAGAAAGCGCAAGUCAUCCGGGGGCAGCCGCAAGUCAAGGGGCCCCGGGAGGAAGGGCGUCCUGACCAAAGCACCUCCUCCCGAGAGGAGCAGGAGCAGGCCCUGCUCGAGCACCAUGCUGAGCCAGAGCUCGGGAGAUAAGAAGGACAAUGAUAAGGAGAAGGACAAGAAGGAGGACAGGAAGGACGACAAGAAGGGCGAUGACAAGGAGGACGUCAAGAAGGACGACAAGAGGGAAGAGAAGACGGACGGCGACGAGGAGAACCAGAAGAAAGAAGACAAUAAAGACGAUAAGAACGGCCAGAUGAGUAAUGAGUCCCUGGCGGGUGCGCUGCGCGACUGGGUUAGGUACUCAAUGGCGCAAGAGGCCGAGGAAGAGGAGCCCCAGCUCGGUGGGUUUUGAAUGGGCGUUAGCAGCAGCUGGAUGACGGAUCAAUGGCAUUGGUGCGGUAUGAACAGCAAACGGAUCUUAUUAGGCACAUUCGGCAUGUCAAGAGGACCACCGUUACGAA